GGCUUUUCUAUCAGCUUGUCAGUGUUUGUGUCGUUUGGGGUCGAAUGAGGAUGUCGGUGUGAAAAUAGUCCCUGUGGGAGAGUUAUUCAAGUCCACUGGGAGACAGGAAGGCCUCUGUCUGCAAGACUAUAAACAGGAUGUUUCCCAGAAUGCUGUUGGGCUUCCUGUGGGGCGUCAGUGCCUUGGCUGCUAAAAAUGACUCAGCCCAGCAUUCCCAGCCGCCGCUGCUGCUGGUGUCGUUUGACGGCUUCCGGGCCGACUACCUGCAGAGGUAUCCCAUGCCUAACCUGAAGCUCCUGUAUAGCCAGGGGGUCCUGGUGGACCAGCUCACCAACGUCUUCAUCACCAAGACAUUUCCCAAUCACUACAGCCUGGUGACAGGGCUGUAUGCAGAGUCCCACGGCAUCCUGGCCAGCAGCAUGUACGACCCCAUCAGUCACAAGCACUUCAGCAUCCGGAACGACAGCGACCCCAUGUGGUGGAGUGCAGCACAGCCCCUGUGGCUCACGGCGUUGGACUCUGGCUACAAGACGGCGGCCGUCAUGUGGCCCGGCUCUGACGUGACCAACCGCACACCAACGCACUACUUUCCCUACAACUCCGACAUGACGUUCCAGCAGCGUUUGGGGAAUGUGACAAACUGGAUUUUAGGAGACGAGAAGGAGCCAGGAGUGAUGUUUGCAGCUCUUUACUGGGAGGAGCCGGAUCGGUCGGGUCACCUUUUUGGUCCUGAAAACACCACAGCAAUGGCUAAAGUGCUAAAGGAGGUUGACGACAACAUCGGCCUGCUGAUGUAUGAGCUGAAGAGGACAGGCCUGUGGGGUCACAUCAACCUCAUAGUGACCAGCGACCAUGGCAUGGCCCAGUGCUCAGCUGAUCGCCUGAUACGGCUGGACGACUGCCUCCACCCGGACAACUACACUCUGGUGGACCUGACGCCUGUCGCUGCUCUCAUUCCUAAAGAAGACACGGAGAGUGUCUUCAGCUUGCUGAGUAAGUGCCAUCCCCACAUGACGGCAUACACGAAGAAAUCCAUCCCUGAUAGGCUUCACUAUCGGAACCAUGUACGCGUCCAGCCAAUCAUACUAAUCGCAGACGAAGGCUGGACCAUAGUGAAGCGGGGAAACAUGCUGCCAAGAUUGGGUGAUCAUGGGUACGACAACUCCCUGCCAAGUAUGCACCCCUUCCUGGCAGCGACGGGUCCCAGCUUUCAUCAAGGUUUCCGGAUGAAGAGUUUGCAGAGCGUAGAUGUGUACCCACUUAUGUGCCGACUGCUGUCGGUGCCGGGGCAGCCUAACAACGGCUCUUUGACCAGGGCUCGGUGUCUACUGGCCGGUGAGACCUGCUGGGACGUCGGCUUGGUGAUCGGUCUAGUGGUUGGCGUCCUGCUGCUGCUCACUACCAUCACUGUUCUUUUCAGGUGCAUGGGCUCCCGUCGUACCUCAGGUCCCAGACCCUUCCAGAGGCUGGACUUUCUUUGUGACGAUGACGAACCCUUGAUUCCAUAAACCGCGGAAAACUCUGCUUGUCCUUCCCUUGUCGCGCCUUACCCUUUUGUUCUUUCCUUUCAUCCUUUAAUGUUGUGUUCAUUUAAACACAUACCCUCAGGUUUUCUUCCACUUGCUAUGAAGUGGUGUAAAAACAGCUGUUACCAUGAAAAGUUUGCUUGAUUUUAAUUAUGUGAUGUGCUUCCCUGUCAUUUUACUCCUGGAGGUAUAAAGACACGUUUUCAGACUACAUUUUAUGUGAGAACCAUCUUUAAAAUAUUUGUUUUGAUUUGUGAAUGUAUUUGCUUGUUGUUCUACAUAUUGACAACAGAGGGAGCCAGUAGCUAAUGAUCAAUUUUUUGGGAUUAUUUGUUACACUGAUAGUCUAUCAGGUAAAACUAGAUUUGUUUUAUUUGUAUUUUUUAAAGCUAAAUUUUAAAUCUGAAUGUAUAUGGUUGCACUAAAGGUACUCCUGGUAUAUAUGACUACUAACAGUUUUCCCAGGUGAAAUCAAAAUAGGAUUGUGUAAAGUGGUGGGCUUCCUUGCUAGUUAGCCAUAUAAGUAAUACCAAAGAUGCUUCCCAAAUCCCAAAAAAUGUACAAUUGGCUCCUUUUCUGGUUAUUGGUUAAGCCUUGAAGAGGACUGGUUCCCUUGAAAUGGGAAAGGGGACUGUUUUGCAGGGAUCAAAAACUGUGAAUUGUUGCUGCUAAAAGGUUAAAGAACAGGUUGUUGAUAUUCUUUGUUUUUCAAAUCAAACAUAUCCACAGAAAAAUGCAAACAUUUCAUUAUUUUAAUAUCAAGAUGGUUUAACAGCACAGUGGGAAAAGUUUUCUAGAUGAAUUUGUCUAUUUGAAGGUGGAUUUCUAACUGGACCACCCUAAAAAAAAGAGGUUAGUCAUUAGUGUUAAAUGACUAGUGUAGAUUGGGUGUGAUGUGUGUCUUAAGGGAGAAAAAUAUAUAUUUUGGUUUUGCUAAUCAUCCAAACGUAUGCAUUCCUGGUUUUGGAUUAUACUGAAGAAAGAACACUGUAUAAUAUUUCAUAUCUCAAACCUUUCUUUGAUGCUGCACGGCUUGCAUGGACCUUCAAUCAUAUAUGUAGUUGUAUAAAUAAUGUUUUCAUGGAUCUUUCUUCAUCGGUGUAUAUGCAAGCGGACCUCUAGUUACUGACACAGCAGUAGAAAGGUUUACCUUCAUGCUUUUGUCAUUCUUAGGAUAUGUUGUUGAAUUAAUUUUUAGAUUCAGAUUUACAGCCCCUUCAUAAUUAUUGACACCCCUGGUAAAGAUGUGUACCAAGCCCUAAAAUAAAUUACUCACCUAGCCUUUUGUCAGUUGUUUUGAACCUUGUAAUUAUUAUUCUGACUUUAGAUAAGAGCAAAUGUAGCCAUUUUCUGCCUUUUUUGAAUGACAUGUUUUAUAUCUUUCCUAUUUUGAAGAAUGGCUAAGAGAAGUGUGCCACCAUGUCAUGGAUCAUUAAUUAACUUUUGAAACAAAGUUAUUUGACAAAUGCUUUAAGUAAAAUAAAUUUUAUGGAAAUUUUUAGGAGUAUCUUUUUUUUCUUAACUUGUGUGAGAUUAUGUAAUUUUUCUUUUAAUCAAAAUUCCAGAUGUGUUGUUUUUGAGUUAAUAUUUCUAAACAAAUCACUUUAUACAUAUUUAUGGCCAUCAUCUGUGCAUUUAAAUGGCAUGACAAAGCUGCAUCUUUGCACAAUAUUUGUUACUGCUUUUAGUAGAGGAAAAUCUUUUGGUAUACCGGGCUUUAAAGAGAUUGUUUUUAUUUUAAUAAAUAUGAUUUAAUGCUGAAA